CUAGCCGCGCCUGGGCGGCUAGUUCAAGUUGCCAUAGCUGCGAGUCCCGGGUGAGCAGAGUCGGUUGCGCCGCAGCAUUGGGUCAGUUGCACCUUCGGGGUCACUGGUAGCCGCGGGAGCCGGGUGGGACCUCGGCAAUGAUCCGGCGUUAAGAACCUGGAGUCACCUUGGGUCUAAGGUGUUUUGGGGGAAGUGUAGAGGCAACCCAAAAGAUCAUCGACUGGACUGGACCUUUUGCCCGGAAUCUCAUGAAGAAAUGAUAGGAGGCAGGCAUCCGUGCCUAAGAAGAGCACUGAGCUCAAAGGACAGCAGCCCAGAGUUCUGGGAGUGUACUGUGAGUUCCACCAGAUGCAGGAGUCUGAACAGCUCUCAUUGCUCAAAGUAAUUGAAGUUAAUAGCAGAAGGCUUAGAGUGCACCCAGGAAGCUCAUGCCAAAAAGUGAUCCUAUCUUAUUGAAAGUAUGUAAUCCUAGCUGGGGAUUUGUAUACAUCGAUGGCAGAGUCAUCCAGUGAUUCAGACCACUUCCGCUAUCAUGACCGAUGGAGUCGAUGGGCAACCAGGACAGUCCACAGAGAAACUGGUAGUCAUCCUACAGUAGAUGUCACCGCGAAGGUCAACACUAUCACCAGUACUUUACAGGACACCAGUCGGAGCCUUCGACAAGUGGAUGAGAUGCUUGGGCGAUAUCGAGACUAUAGCAUUGGCCAGGCAGGCGCUAUUGAGCAGUUAAAGGAAGAUUUGGAGCAGUCAAUAAGCCAACUGCGGAGUCAGCGCUUACAGAGAAACUCAGGAGGGAGAAGUGUUUCUGUCACCAGCUUGAGUGCCAGUGAUCUUGAUGGUGGCGCUGUGGCAGAGAGUCUCCGCUUUACACCUACCUCACCUCUGAAGGACUACGAGCCACAGGGUCUUAAACGAAACAGGUCCAGAACUGGUGUUCGGUUUGUUCGGGAGACAGAUGACAUGGUCCAGCUUCAUGCUUUUCACCAGUCCCUCCGAGACCUCAGUAGUGAACAAGUCCGGUUUGGUGAUGAUUUCAACAGAGAGCUUUCUAGAAGAAGCCGGUCGGAUGCUGAAACAAGAAGGGCUUUGGAAGAAUUGACCGAAAAGCUUAAUGAAGCUCAGAAGCAAGAUGUGGUUUCAGAUCGAGUGGAGCGGCGGCUUCAGGAAAUAGAGAGGGAGAUGCGCACAGAACGGGAGCUGGUGGAGCGACGCCAGGACCAGUUGGGAUUCGUGUCCUUGAAGCUUCAGGAGAUUUGUGGGUUUAUGAGUGAAUCAUUUCCAUGUUCCAGCCUGUGGCCUGAGGCACUAAAGAAGCAAGAAGCUAAAGCAGAUGAGAAUGAGGACGCAAUGAGGAACAAGCUGCGACAAACUGAGACUGAGAAGAGCCAGCUGGAACAGGAAUUGGAGCUCUCGCGCCGGCUGCUGAGUCAAUCUGAAGGCAGCAGAGAAACACUUUUGCAUCAGGUGGAAGAACUACGUACUCAACUUACCAAAGCAGAAGGUGACCGGAAGGGUUUACAGUAUCAAGUAUCUUCCAUUUCCAAGCAACAGUCAAGCCAUCAGGAAGAUCUAAAGGAUGACUGGAGGUUUAGGAGAGGGGUCGAGCGGGAGAAGCAGAGUCUGGAGAGGCAGAUGGCGGAACUGCGAGUGCACCUGAACUUCAACGCCAUGGCUUCCGAGUUAGAGGAGGUGAAGCGCUGCAUGGAGCGGAAAGAGCAGGAGAAAGCAAGUUUGGCAGCACAAGUCGAGACUCUAACACGUGACUUGGAGAUCAGGGAAAAACAACAACUGCAGAUGUUAGAUCAACUUAAGGAGAUCCAGAAUCACUUUGAAACCUGUGAGGCUGAUCGUCAGCGCAGUGACCUCCAGAUAACAGAGCUGAGUCACCACGCAGAGGAUGCGACCAAGCAGGCAGAGCACUACCUUAGUGAGUUCCAGAGAUCAGAAGCCCUGAGAGAGGAGGCUGAGAAGAGGAGAGAAGACCUGAAAGUGAAGGCCCAGGACACCAUCCGUCAGUGGAAGGUGAAGCAUAAGAAGUUGGAGCGGGCACUGGAGAAACAAGCAGAAACCCUGGACCAGCUGACAGAUAAGAACAAUCAGCUUCUAAAGGAGAAGGAUGAGUUGAAAAGCCAGCUUUAUCCAGCCUUACAGCAGAUAGAGAAUCUCAGAAAGGAGCUCAAUGACGUCCUGACCAAGCGUGCCCAGCAGGAGGAGGAGCUGCACUGCAAGGAGAAGAAACUCAGUGACGCUGAGUCUCACCAAGCUGACCUCGAGCUGGAGGUGAAGAAUUCCCUAGACACCAUCCAUCGGCUGGAGAGUGAAGUGAAAAGACAGAGUAAGAUGCAAAGCCAGAUCAAAGCUGAGAAAAUUCACCUGGAGGAAGAAAUCGCAGAGCUCAAGGUGAGCCAGGCCCAGGACAAAGCCAAACUUCUUGAGAUGCAAGAGGCCAUCAAGGACUUGAGCGCCAUCCGAGCCGAUCUCGCUAAUAAACUGGCUGAAGAAGAGAGAGCCAGGAAAGCUGUGCUCAAGAACCUUUCUGAACUGACGGCCCAGGCAAAGUCUAAAGAGGAAGAAACGGCUACCAUUAUCACACAGUUAAAGUUAGAACGAGACGUUCACCAGAGGGAGCUGGAAGAUCUCACAUCAUCACUGCACAGUGUGAAAACCAAGCAUGAACAGAACAUCCAGGAGCUGAUGAAGCACUUUAAGAAAGAAAAGAGCGAAGCGGAGAAUCAUAUCAGGACACUGAAGGCAGAAAGCCUGGAAGAUAAGAACAUGGCUAAAGCCCACCGCUGUCAACUAGAGAAGCUGAAAUCCCAGUGUGAGAAGCUGACAGAGGAAUUAGCCCAGAAUGAAAACGAGAACAAAAGACUGAAGCUGAAGUACCAGUGUUUGAAGGACCAACUAGAGGAAAAGGAGAAACAUAUAAGUAAUGAAGAGGAGCACUUAAGGAGGAUGGAAGAGGCCCGGCUCCAGCUGAAGGAUCAACUUCUUUGUUUGGAGACGGAACAGGAAUCCAUUCUUGGUGUAAUAGGAAAGGAAAUUGAUGCAGCUUGUAAAACGUUCUCCAAAGAUUCAUUGGAGAAAUUGAAAGUAUUUACCUCUGGUCCUGAAAUACAUUGUGACCCACAUCGCUGGUUAGCUGAAAGCAAGACCAAGCUUCAGUGGCUCUGUGAGGAGCUCAAGGAGAGAGAGAGCAGAGAGAAGACCAUGCGGCAGCAGCUGGUGCUCUGCCGCCAGGAGCUCCGGGACCUGACGGAGCACAAAGAGUCUGAGCUCCUGUGUCUGUUCGAGCACAUCGAGAGGCAGGAGCAGCUUCUGGAGGAGUUCCACCAGGAGAAAAGAGGUCUGUUGGAAGAAACUCACAAAAAAGAUGAAGAAAUGGAAACUCUACAGCCGAAUCUGCUAUUUAAACUUCCACCUUGGGAAGAAGCUAGUCAGUCUGCAGUGAAAACUCAGAAUGCAGCUCAAUUUGAAGAUAAAGCAGGCCGUGUAAAUGCUUUAGAAAUGAGUACCCGAGUGGCCUUAGACCAUCUGGAGUCUGUGCCUGAGAAACUGAGCCUUCUAGAGGAUUUCAAAGACUUCAGAGUUUCCUCCAGUUUAUCUGAGAAAACUGAUGGCAGAUAUUAUAAAUACAGAAUGCACAGAGAUUCUGUUCAACAGCGCCGAGAUGACACCAGAUACAAAAUCAAGAGCCUUAAAGACGACAGGCCCUUUUCUGGAGGUUCCCACAUCCAUGGCCUAGAUCACUCAACCUCUUGGCAGGAUGGCAGUUACUUCCUGUCUAGUCCACACUUUAACUCCUUGCCAGCAUUUACCAAAAGAGCCAUUACCCCAGAUCCAGCUUCACUUAAGGAAGAUGCCACAAGUUUACCAGUGAAUGGAACAACUCCACAGUCCAAGAAGGAGGAAUAUGAGAGCAAAAAAUGCAAAAUGUAAUUCACAACCUUCCUUGAGUAUUUUACAAAUAGCGCCCUAUGGUUCUUUUUGCCAUUUGGCUCAGAUUAUCCAAAGACACCCUGUGACUUUGGCUCCUUGGAACUGCCAGGCACUGACUAACGUGGCAUCACAGUCGGUCUUUGUGCGUGAGAGUAAGUUUAACCAGUGGAAGUAAUCUCAGCAUAUGAAUGGUGCACAGCUCACUUAGAGGCAACUCAUAAAGGCAGAGAAAGCCAUCAUUUUUUGCUCUAUAUUUUCCCAAUUUUCAGUGGCAUACUUUUCCAGCCCAGCCUUGAAUUUAUAACUGAUGCCUUUCAAAAUUGACUGGCUGAAAGGGGUGGGGGAAAUGUUCCCUUCAGGUAAAGGUUCCCAGCAGUUUAGGUUCAGGAGCAUUUGGACGUGAUUGAUUUUUAAAUGUUUUCUCCCUAAUCAGUUCUCCUGUGUUGUAACCUAUCAUGGAGAUGCCCAUAUAACAUGAGACUGCCCUUUAAAUCUUCAGCCUUUGGUCAUCUCAGCAGUCUAUUACUACGUGUAAUUUCUUAUAACUACUCCAAUCAUCAUUUUUAAUUGCAAAAAUUUAUAAAUGAUAGCUGAACCGUAGAGCACUGUGAAGAAGCCAUAGCACCAUUUAUUUAUUUGUCAUGGCCAAAUGUCCCACUGUGAUCACCCCAGGCAUAGCCUGGAUAAUGUCCGGUUUGUUCUGACUCAAGUCCCAGCACCACUCUCCUGUGACAGUGGGGUUCGCUCCGCAAGAGCCCCUGUAUACCUUGGUACUACCUGACCCCUCCUCCCAUCCCAGCACUGUCGCCAUCAUCGUGUUUGUAAGACCUCGUGCCUUUCCAUAUCCAUCUACCAGUGAGGAAAAUUUUAUAUUAAGAUGCUAAAUAAUGGUCACCAUCCAGGAAGUGAGUCCCACUGGGCCAAAAUAGAAAGACUCUGCACAGAUACAGAAACAAUAAAGCAAUCCUUUGUAAUGUA